GUCGUCUUGCAAAUUGAUCAGUCAAUUUCUCACUUUAUUUCUAGAACUAGUUCUAGUUUUAAUCCAUCGCUUUCAUCUUCAUCUGCUCGUGUCAAUCCAACCCCGUCAAAACACCAAUCACACAAAAACCCCCAUGGCCUCAACAAGCCGACCCGGCGACAUCACCAGCGCCGUGGUCCCGCCGGCCGCCCAGCAAACCCCCGCUCCAUCCUGCCCGGAGCUGAGCAGAGGGACGUGGAGCAAGCGCUACGGGCGGUACGACUUUGAGCGGUUCGACCACGUCAACCACCGCGACGCGCUGGUGGGCGGCGCGUCCAUCGGCAGCGUGCAGGUGGACUGCAACCUGCUCUUUGCCGAGUCGCAGUGGGGCGUGCUCGAGGACGCCGACGCCGGCAUCGUCUACAUUGACUUUUACAUCCAGCAGCCCGCCCACUACCGUCUGGACUGGGCGCGCAUCGAGGUCACGCUCGAGGACGUGCGCGAGCCGCUCCGUGGCCUGCCCGCCCAGAUCACGCCCUACUACGGCCCGCGCCGCGUCGUCGGCCCCGAGAGCACCAAGGCCAAGCUCGAGCGGGUCAGCCUGGAGCCCAGACUCGAGGUCAUGGGCGCGGGCGGCGGGCUGGGAGGCAAAGAGUUCGAGACGUCGUUUGAGGUCCCCUGCCGGUGGGAGUUUACGGGCACUCGGGUGUGCCGAAGCGGCAAGGGCAAGAAGGUGUUUACGGGCCUGCACCGGACGCUGGAGUGGAGCCUCAAGGAGAACGAGCUUGACCCCGGGCAGCAGAACUUGGUCAAGACGGCGUUUGCCUUUGCGCGGCAGGGCGAGCCCUUUUUGAUGAAGAUCAAGGUCCGUGGUGGGUUGAAGGGGACCAUGAACAGGAUCAAGGCAAAGUUUUCGCACAGGAAGGGUUCGGACGGCAUCUCGACCACCAGGAUUGGUAGGUACAGUGGUCCUCAGCGAUCUCUGGACAGGCUCGCCGGCGAUCUUGACAAGGUCAUGGAGAUGAAGAACCAGCAACUUACUGCGCUGGAGCUGCCUCGACCACAACCUGCCACCUUCUGGCAGGUUUCUAGCCCACAAGCGAUGGGAGGUAGUCAGAGUAGCAAUGGCGAUGCGCAGACCGCUGCUCCGACCUCAGCUCCUCUUCCGUCCGCCUCCAGGCCACAGGCAAUCCUCCCAACUGUGGCCUCUCCUGUCCAGAUCGAAGCACCAGCACCUGCACCAGCACCAGCACCAGCCACAUCGUCAACGAGUUUGCAGGACCGAACGCAGCCGACGCUGGAGAAUCUGAGCGCCAUGGCGGAGCUUUUUAUGCGUCCGAGUCUCGAAACGAUACGGCAACAGAUGAGCAUGCAAACAAGCAUGCAAACACCCGCAAAUCAUCCACCCCCUACAGUGGCGACACUCCCUAGUGAGGUUUCCGGCACGGUAGAAGAAACGCCAGGUGUGACGCCCGCUGCCGUCCCGGAGACUCCGAUGGUCUCAACUCGGACCACGGACACAUCACCCGGGGAGGCCGCAACACAAGGACCAUUGAACGCUGGUCAGGUUACCAUAGCAUCCGUUGACGACGAGGUCGCCAUGCUACAAGAAGCCCUCACGAAGCGGAUGCAAAAGCUCAGGAGCGCCUUUCUCUGGAUAAUAUUCCAGCCUCCAAAGCUUCCCUUGCUCGUGUUGCAAAGACUAUAUCAGCUGAUCAAAUGGCCACGACUUAUUCUCCGCCUCAUGCUUCGAGUGUUAUUCGGGGUAUAAACUAAUAAGACACAAAACUACUUCAUGAACACUCUAUAUGCUUAUUUACAUAUUCUAUACACGACAUGUACAAACUGAAACCCCCUUGCGGAGUACAUCUAAACAUCUCAUAACAGAAACACUCUUCGCCCACUUACUGCUGCGCGAUAAUCUUGCCAAUGGCAGCCUCGGCAGCAACCAUGACGAUGGCGUUGGUGUUGCCGGUCGGCAGGUCAGGGUGCAUGCUGGCGUCGACGACGUACAGGUUCUCCAUGCCGUGGACCUUUGCGUCGGGGCCGACGACGGACGUGGCCUUGUCCUCGCCCAUGCCGGCGGUGCCGACAAAGUGGUUGCCGGGCUCGAUCUUGUCCAGCACGGCGGUCGAGUUGCUGUAGCCCUGCAGCUUCCAGCCCGGGUAGGCCUUGACGGCGGCGACGGUCUCCUCGACAAAGGCCAGCGCGGCCCUGCGGUCCGCCGCGUCGACCAGGUACGGCUUCUGCGUAAAGACCAUCUUGCCGCCCGCGUCGAUGCCGACGGAGCCCUUGGAGGUCAGGCCGUGCGUCAGGUACGCCUUGAUGCUGAACAGGCCGGGCCCGCCGGGCGAGCACGAGCCCUGGAUGUAGCGGGUGCGGUUGUCGCCGCCCGCGUCGGUCGACGUCCAGAAGAUGAGCUUGUGCAUGCCCUGCGCCAGCUGGCCCGACGACCGCUCGUUGUACAGCGAGAUGUCGGACCGCGCCGACGAGACGCCAAACGCGGCCGCCGACGCGUUGAAGGCGCCAAAGGUCUCGUUGGUCUGGAUGGUCAGCGUGAAGAUGGAGUGGUCGCGGAUGGUCUUGCCGACCGGCAGGUCCACCCACUGGUCGCGGGCCGGGAGCUUGACGCCGCUGGUGCCGUUCUGGAUGAUGCGCAGCUGCUCCGCGGGCCCGAUGCCCGAGUUGAGCAGCACGCGCGGCGUGCCCCAGGCCCCGGCCGCCAGUAU